UGGUCCCUGUUAACGCAAACGCCAUGGUUACUAAAGAAACUGAGAAAAAAGGGAGCGAAGUAUCAAUGUCAGUACCAGUGCUAGUAGUAGCUUUAUUUGCUUUGCUCUUGUUACUCUGUUCAGUCCUGUGACUCUGAGUACUGUAUUCUAUGGUACGGUACAGUUAAUCCUUAAUUCUUCUUCACCGGAGGGAAAUGUACGGUUAUGAUUCUUAAUCCUCAUCAGAACCUAAGUCUCUGAUCUUGAUCAAUGGGGAGCGUUUCGUCCGAAGACGAUUUCGACCAAUUGAGCGAGCGGUUCGAGAGCUACAGUCUGAGCGCGGACGUUAGCGAGUCGGAGAGUUCCAGUGGUUUUUUUUCGCGUCGGCGAUAUGGUCACGAGUGCGUGGUUAGUUCUCUGACGUCUUCGCCGCUCGCCGGAAACGAGGUGGGCGAGAAUUCCGAUAUCCCGGCGCCUGUGCCGGUGAUGUUGCCGGUGGUCGGUGGUAGGCACGUGGUGAUUCCUGCGAAGAAGACGGAUAAUUCGGAGACGGAGUUAUCCGAAAUUGAGUUGAUGAAGGAGCGGUUUGCUAAGCUUCUGCUUGGAGAAGAUAUGUCAGGGGGAGGGAAGGGAGUUUGUACUGCUCUUGCUAUCUCCAAUGCCAUCACAAACCUUUCAGCUACUGUGUUUGGGGAGCUGUGGAAGCUAGAGCCAUUGGCUCCACAGAAGAAAUCGAUGUGGUGUCGAGAAAUGGAAUGGCUUUUAUGUGUGAGUGACUUCAUUGUAGAGCUCAUUCCAUCUGUGCAAGAAUUCCCAGGUGGGGGGACCUUUGAGGUUAUGGUGACACGGCCUCGCGCAGAUCUCUAUGUGAACCUCCCAGCACUCAAAAAACUAGAUGCAAUGCUACUUGGCAUUCUUGAUGGUUUUCACGAUUCUGAGUUUUAUUAUGUUGAUCGUGGGAUAAUUGUUUCUGGCGCUGAUGACACAGAAGCUAAUCAUUUAUCUGCAUCCCCUUUAAGACCUUCAGUUAGGCAGGAAGAGAAAUGGUGGCUCCCCUUCCCUAAGGUCCCACCAAACGGUUUGUCUCAAGAUGUAAGGAAAAAAUUACUGCACUCCAGGGAAUGCACGAAUCAGAUCCUUAAGGCUGCCAUGGCAAUUAAUAGCAGUGUGCUGGCUGAGAUGGAAAUCCCAAUUGCUUACUUGGAGAGCUUGCCCAAGAGUGGAAAAGCUUGUUUAGGCGAAAUCUUAUAUCGUUGCGUUACUGCCGAGCAAUUCUCUCCUGAGUCCCUUCUUGAUUUCUUAGACUUUUCAUCAGAGUACACCACUCUGGAUAUAGCAAACAGGAUUGAGGCUGCUGUGCACAUUUGGAGGCCGAAGUAUCUGAAAACACAUUCAGUUCAUGCAAAGGCUGGGAAGUCAUCAUGGGGUGGCAAGGUUAAGGGCUUUGUAGGUGACAGAGAAAAGAGCAAGUAUCUAGCAAGUCGAGCUGAGUCCCUUUUGCAGAAUUUAAGGCUACGGUUCUCUGGCCUCCCACAGACUGCUUUGGACAUGAGCAAGAUCCAGUAUAACAAGGAUGUUGGGCAGUCAAUCCUUGAGAGCUAUUCUAGAGUGAUGGAAAGCUUAGCCUUCAAUAUAAUGGCAAGAAUUGAUGAUCUCCUAUAUGUAGACGAUGCCGCGAAGCAACGUGCGGCAGCAGCAGCAAAGGCAACUCCUCUUUAUGACCAGGAAAGGUUAGGUUGUGUUCUUCCCAAACAGCAGCGGAUCUCACGUAGCCCCUUCUCAGUUCAACGCUCAUAUUGUGCUUCUCCAUUCACAACGCCGGCAUGCCAUUGUAGUCAGAUAGAUGCAAGCCCUGGUGGAAGGACACAUCAUGCCGUGAAGAAUUUAAGAACUGUGAAAUAAGUGGCUUUGAGAGGAAGCAGGUACCACAUGCUUUUUUAUUCAGUUGGAAGUGGAGACGGUGAAAAUCUUACCUGAUAUGAAUCUCAACUGUUUUGGCCAAUGACAUCAUUGUAGAAAAUGCAGUAUAUAAAUUCAAAAACUACCCUCAAGAGAUAAUAUAUCAAGGGUCCCAAAUCAGUAAUGAACCCCGCAGCAUAUGCUAUAUUGCACACUAGUUUGGCUCAUGACAUUGUGUUGAUGGGGCUUUUGAGGCAAAUUUGUUGUUGUAGUGGUAGGACUAGAAAAUCCCUUAAUCAGGCAUAAUAGCACGGUUAGAUAUU